GUUGCGAAUGAAAACAAUGAUAAAAGUUAAAAGUUAGAUUAAUUUUCAACAAUAAAAAAACUUAAUUCUCAAAAUGGCCGCAUCAAUGAAAGGACUUGAUCCAGUCCUAAAAAGAUACUUACGAUCUAACAAAUUGCCAGAUGUAUACGAGGCCCUUAUAACUGGACUUGCUGUGAUGUGUCCGGAGGAUCCGCACCAGUUCAUCAUUGACAAUCUCAAGUACCUCAUUGAGUUUGGAACGGAUGGAUUAGAAUGGGACCUGUUUGUGGAAGAAUUUAUGAAGCCGUUAAACAAGGUUGUGUCGGAGAGCAACCUGGAGUUCAUCUUCAACAUGGAUGAUGAGAGCAUGCUGGAAGGUCCGAUUCCCAAGCGUAUUUUGCACCUGCUCCAGCCGACUCCAGAGAUGUAUGAGAAGGCCUACCUCCACUACAACACCAAGUCCAUGAAGGUCACCUUCUGCUCUUGGAUGCAGUACUACCUGCGAAAGAAGCGUAAGAGGUUAGACAUGGAGGAAAAGAUGACGCGAGCCACCACAUUCCACUCACACAGGACACUCAAACUCUACCUCGAUGAGUGGAUCGAAUGGGUCAAGUACAGGAAGGGAAGACAAGCAAUGGCAUACCAGAAGAUAUCCCAUGUUCUAAACGUGUCCAUUGGACGAGUGAUUUUUGAGGCUUGGCAUUCACACACCUUGGAUGCUCGACGACAGCGGGAAUAUUUUGAGCGACUGGAGCGUGGAGAGAACAUGGAGGAUGAUGAUGCUUUUGGACAGGGAACUGGUGAGGCACGGGACUCUAUCUCCAACCUGCCAAGAAAGGUUGCCAUACAGAUUUUCCGAUACGUGGAUGUAGCAGACCUGGCCCGAUGUGCAUGUGUCUGUCGCUCCUGGAAGGUCAUCACACAGGCAAACUCUCUCUGGAACAGACUUGAUUUUCACAGAGUUAGGAACAGUAUUUUGGAAGGGUAUGCUAGAAGGCUUAAUAAGACAUGUGAAUUGAGUGGCCCUGCAGGCUUAAAGCCACUAAUCAGUUGUCUUGUUGAUCAUGAAGUUGAAACGUUGCAUCGGGUAACUGACAAGGUGGUGACAAAGCUGCUGUACAAAUGUCGGCCAUACCUGAUCCACCUGAACAUGCGUGGCUGCAUGUUCAUUUCCGAGCCAUCCUUCAUCAGUAUCAGCGAGUGCAGUAAUCUGCAGGACCUUAAUUUCUCGGAGUGUACAGGUCUUAAUGAUGAGCACCUGAAGUUGGUGGCAAAGGGCUGUAAAAUCCUGCUGUACCUGAACAUCUCACACACUCUGGUCACCGAUGCCUCCCUCAGGACUAUUGCAAAGAACUGUAGCAACUUGCAGUACCUGUCCAUGGCCCAUUGUAAGAAGUUCACCGACCGUGGCCUUCUGUACCUCUCUGCCGGCAAGAACAGCAAGAAACUAGACUACAUCGACCUCUCCGGAUGUCUACAGAUUACCCCAGAUGGAUUCAAGAAUCUUUCCAAUGGCUGUACAAAUCUACAGACACUGCUGUUGAAUGAUUUCCCAACACUGAGUGACGACUGCUUGUUCCCUGUUGCGGCCAAACUCACCAAGAUCAGCACACUCUCCUUACUUGGCUCACCUAACCUCUCCGAUGAGGCAUUCAAAAGAAUAGCCAGCAACAAGAACCUGAAGAAAAUCAAGAUUGAAGGUAACCAACGCAUCUCAGAUGCCAGCCUGAAGCAGAUAGGUCAGAGUUGCGUGAACCUGGAGCAUAUCUACAUUGCAGACUGUCAACGCCUUACUGACCUAGCUCUCAAAGCCCUGGCUCCCUGCAAACACCUUGCUGUGGCAAACUUUGCAGACUGUGUCAGGGUUGGAGAGAAGGGGGUGCGGGCCCUGGUGGAGGGGCCCUGUGGUCCGCGACUGCGGGAGUUCAACCUGACCAACUGUAUCUGUGUCAACGACAUGACCAUGGUCCAUAUACACAAGAGGUGCCACAAUCUGACAUACCUGAGCCUGUGCUUCUGUGAACAUCUAUCUGAGGCUGGUAUCGAACUUAUCGGGCAAAUCCAUAGCCUCACGUCAGUUGAUAUAUCAGGUUGUAACUGCGGGGACCAGGGUCUGGCUGCCCUUGGCAACAACAGUCGGCGAGACGUGACGCUCUCCGAGUGCGUGAACAUUACCGACCUUGGCCUCCAGAAGUUUGCCCAGCAGUGCAAGAACAUAGAGAGACUCGACCUCUCACACUGCAUGCAAAUCACUGAUGGUGCAAUAAAGAACCUUGCUUUCUGCUGUAGGAUGUUAAAUGUACUCAAUCUAGCUGGCUGUAAACUGGUGACUGACCUGUCUAUCCAGUACCUGUCUGGAGUCUGCCACUACCUUGUACAGCUUGAUGUCAGCGGCUGUCUUCUUAUCACAGACAAGGCAUUGAAGUAUUUGAGGAAAGGCUGCAAGAAGCUGAGCCUUCUUAUCCUGCUCUACUGUAAGGGAGUCACAAAGAACUCUGCCCAGAAGAUGAUGCGACAUGUGGACACUGUACAGUACAACAAUGAUGAAGUGCCAUCCUACUUCGGCUACUAAGCAUGAACUGAUUGUGAUCUUCUGCUUAGGACUCAAGUGUGCCUUCAGUGUGUGUAUGCUUUAUCAGCAAAUAGCAGUGAAGUAUUUUCAAUUGCAAGACAUUAGUUUUAUAACUAGCUGCUACUUUUACCUUAGGUUCUAAGUUUUCUUUCAUAUUUCAUAUGCUUUGCAACAUGUAUACAUUGUUUUGUUUUAUUUCCCCAAGUAUUUAAAUGUAGGUUGAGUGUUUUUAAUGCAAUCCUCGUUUCUAUACUUGUUCCCCGAAAAACAGUAUUAUUCUUGUGAUACAAAAUGAUUGAUUUCUAAAAUGG